AUGAGAUCACUCACCAUCCUUCUUAUUAUCUUUUACAUCUUUUAUUUAUUUAACAGUUCUGUUAAUGGUCAACUUGGAAAAUGUCAAAGAGUUAACACUAAACAAGAUUUCAAGCUUGAUAAUUAUUUAGGUGUUUGGUAUGAAAUUGCCAGAUUUGAUUCAUCAUUCGAAAAGAAUGGUAUUUGUUCGAAAGCAAACUAUACCAUCAAUCCAUCAGAUUCAUCCAAAAUUAUUGUCACCAAUUCAGAAUAUAUCAAUGGCCAAUAUUCGCAAGCAAUUGGAGAAGCAUAUUGUCCACAUCCAGAACAAGAUCCAGCCAAAUUAUUAGUUUCAUUUGGACAUCAACCAUUUGCCGGUCCAUAUUGGGUUGUUGACACUGAUUACAAAACUUAUUCAAUGGUAUUUUCAUGUGUAAAUAUAUUGGGAGUUUAUCAUAUUGAAUAUGCUUGGAUUUUAGCUAGACAACCAUCAUUGAAUACUAAUUUAUUGACAGAUAUCAUGUCAAGAUGGAAAUCUUUGGAUGUUGACAUUUCAAAGUUUAAAUUAACCAAACAAGUCAAUUGCCAACAACCUUAA